AUGCAGCCCGAGACAGGCUACGGCUUCGUGAAACGAUGCAGCAUUGCGACCUUCUCACUUUGCGUAAUCUACGCCAGUGGCAUGAUUCAGGAGUGCAUCACGGCAGAGAAGACCUACAACCUGUUCCUCUACCCCUCCCUACUCUGCAUCGCUGCCUUCUUCUCCAUGUGGGGGUACACGGCACAAUACAAGAUCCCGCAGGACCCACUGUGGUAUCGUCACCAUGAGACAUACAUGCUGGUUGCAUCCGUCCUCAUCUGCUUCGGUUUGAGCAUGCUGAUCGUAGCCAUCUACCCCAUCUACCGCAUAUGGAGCUGCGCAAUCAUCCUUCUCUGGGUAAUCUUUAUCGGCAACGUGAACGGCGCUGUCACCUACAUCAUGAACCGCCGUAGCAAGACGAAGUUCACGUAA